AUGUAUUUAUUCAGCACUUUUCACAGGUAAAAAUUAUUUCACAAUAAAACCAGGAAUAAAAAUAACAUAAUAAUGAAAAACAAUAAAAUGAAAACAUAAAGCAACAAGUUCAUUAAAAGAUUGUCUGUAUAGAAAUGUCUUCAGCUGCUUUUUAAAUGAGUCAGUGGAUUCUGUACAGCUUAAAUACGUUGGAAGAGAAUUCCACAACCUCUGUGUCACUGCCUGCAAAGCCCGAUCACCAUGAGUUUUGAAACUAGUACAUGUGACCUAUAGCAACCUCUGAACUGAAGACCUAAGUGUUCGGGAAGAAGAACGAGCUUUCAACAGGUCAGAGAUAUACCGGGGAAUUGACUAUGUAGAGCUAAAAGUUAAAACAAACAUUUUAAAGUGAAAUCUAAAAUUUUACUGGCAGUCAAUAAAAAUAAGGCAAAAUUUGAGCAAUAUGCAAACUAAAUGUAUUUUAUGAUAUUUACAUUACAUUGCUAAAGGUCUAAAAAAAACCUCUCAUAACUAUGGGGAAGAACAGUGGUUUACUGGUAGUACACAUGCUCUAGCAUGUGUUUAGCACGCCCCUGCUGUCACUGUCCGUCUGGUGUCAACCAACAAGGGUUAAUGUCGUCUUUUGAAUUUAUUUUUGGACAAACCUUCCUUGACAACCGACCUUAGGCAUACAGCUCUUAACAGCUUUGAUAAUUACACAUGAAUAGUCCGCGUUGGUGCCACUGACCGUGUAAAAAGUCUGCAUGCUGUAACUUUGAUAAUGGCCAAUAACAACGUUAAUUAACAAUAAGCCCGCAACAGCUGUGUCACCCUCAAAAUAAUAGGCCUACACGUUUAUCUGUGACCAUGCCGGAACACCCAAGGGUACGCAGUCCAGAACAUAACAGAAGCAAGGUGUCCCAUGAUGAAUUCCCAACUUAUUAUGCAACUCCACUAUAAAACACGCAGCACGCAACAAGUCAGUCUCAUCCAGGAGCCACGAGGCGAGAGAGGAGAGAGGCACAUCACUGCUCACUGAGGCUCAAUCAGGACACGCAGAGAACACAAGCGCAGUAACUAGAGCUCUUCUUUCCACUCGUUGCGCAGAGAAUUUAAGCAGAGAAAUGGACUUCAUCCUGCCACCCACUACACCAGCUGGUGGUAUCCCCUGGGAGAAGGUUUUACCACCUCUUAUUCCACGGCUCAACGGGACUUAUGGACAAUAUAAUUGGUCCCCAAAAUUAAUCAUUCCAGAGACUGAUAAUUCCAGCUCUGCAGAGGUGACCUGUGAUGACAGUGGAUUUACAGUUCAAGUUGAUGUGAAACAUUUCAACCCAGAGGACCUGAUCGUCAAAGUCAUAGGAGACUUUGUAGAAGUGCAAGGAAAGCAUGAAGAGAGAAAGGACGGCCCUGGAUUUACAACACGGCAGUUUAACCGUCGCUACCGCAUUCCAAAGGGAGUGGACACCAUGGCUUUAGAGUCGGCGGUCUCUCCAGAUGGGAUCCUUAUCAUAUCUGCACCUAUGCUGCACACUCAGAGCUACACACCUCUUACUUAAAUUGCAUUAACAGCCAACACUAAAACCUCUGCCAUCCUUACCAUACACAAAAAUAAAUCAGCGGAAGCCUGUAUGGCCACACUGACAAAAACGGCAAUAACUUCAAGCUCCUGCACUCCCAGCAGAACUUGGUGUGUGCCAAAACACAUAUCUGCUCUGUUCCUGGCACGGUUCUAAUGUUCCCUGCACUCCAAGGUUUGUAUAUACUGCUCUGCUAGUACUCAAUGUUACAUAAUGUUUCAAGUAACCACUCUACUUUGUAAAUAUUCUCUGUUGGCAUUUCCAACUCCUGCUUUUUGUGUGCAACUUUUGUACAUGCACAGUGUUGUGAAUAAUAAUCCACCGAGACACAUCUCCAACCUUUAUUGUAGAAAAAUGUCCUCAAAAAUAUAAAUUAACUUUAUUUCUUUA